AAUUGAAUGCAGUACUCAGAACCAGAUGGCUAUUUCCUGUGGUUCUAGAGCUCAUCUGGAAAAGGAUUCAAUAGCAAAGCGCUCUUACUUUCGAACUCUUCUUAUGUACGGCUUCCAUUUCCUUGUGUGGUUUCUCUGUGUCAAAAAGAUCAGGGAUACGCAGUGUGGAUUUAAACUUUUAACCAGAGAAGCUGCUUUGCGGACAUUCUCAACCCUCCACGUAGAGCGCUGGGCAUUUGAUGUGGAACUCCUUUAUAUAGCCCAGCACUUGAGAAUACCUAUAGCAGAAGUCGCUGUCAACUGGACUGAAAUUGAAGGUUCUAAGUUAGUUCCCUUUUGGAGCUGGCUGCAGAUGGGGAGGGAUCUUCUUUUUAUACGACUGCGAUAUAUGACUGGUGCCUGGCAGCUUGAAACAAGAAAAUGUAAUUAGGUUAUUUACAUCUUCCAAAUGUAUUAUUAUACUUAAUGGAACAUGAGAACAGUUUCAAUCAAGUGAAAUGGUGUUGAAAGCUGAGGUAAUUCUUUACUGCUCCUGCUGUAUGUUUCAUUUUUGCAGCAUGUAUGUGUUUUGUAAGAGUCUCAAUGAGGAAUUGGUACAAUGUCCUGUAAAGAGAAAGCAUUUCCAAAGAUUUUCUUGUCUGGUUGUUGGGUCUUCCUUUUACUAAACAGUUGUGUUACCGUAUCAUGUAAACUCACAUAAAGGCAUCUUUGUAUCAUCGUACAUUCAGAAUUUCUUCUGGUAAUGUUUAUACAAAUAAAGAGAGUCACUCUUUUCUACAA